GAAGCGAAAGUUCGCUUCUCUUGAUCGGUUUAAGAAAAAUCGUUUUCGCGCUUCUGAAAUUAGUCAAUCUCCUUUCUAUUAAUAAACACUUAAUCACGCUUUAAUUCAUUUUUAAACUUAUCACAUUAACAAAUCCUUCAUCAAUAUAUAUGAAAAAUGUCAGUGCAAGCACAAGCAAGUACUUCAAAAACCAAACAAAAGUCAUCGAAUAAAAGUGCAACGAAAACAACUCCAGCAGUGGAAAACGAUGAAGUAGCAGGAGCAAUAGCUGCAGCAGUAGAAAACGAAGAAGAGGAAGAAACAGGACCCAGAUUAAUAUCAAAACUAGAAGGUGUCAAUGGAAUUACAAGUGGCGACAUAAAAAAACUGAUGGAAGCUGGUUAUCACACAAUGGAGUCAGUUGCUCAAGCAUUAAAAAAGAAUUUAGCUUUGAUUAAAGGAAUUAGCGAAGCAAAAAUUGAUAAGUUACAAGCAGAAGCAAGCAAAUAUGUUGACAUGAGCUUCAGUACAGCCUCUGAAAUUCAUGCAAAACGUGCAGAUUUGAUCAGUCUCACAAGUGGAUCACGUGAAUUAGAUAAACUUCUUGGUGGUGGCUUUGAAACUGGAUCAAUAACAGAAAUUUUUGGUGAAUUUCGUACUGGCAAAACACAAAUUUGCCACACGUUAGCUGUGACCUGUCAACUUCCAAUAAGCCAAGGUGGAGGCGAAGGAAAAUGCUUGUAUAUCGACACAGAAGGAACUUUUCGUCCAGAACGUUUGUUACCAGUUGCUGAAAAAUUAAAAUUAAAUGGACAGGAAGUGUUGGACAACGUCGCUUAUGCUCGUGCUUUUAACACUGAUCAUCAGAUGCAGUUGUUGAUACAAGCAUCUGCUAUGAUGUCAGAGUCACGAUAUGCUCUUUUAAUUGUCGAUAGUGCUACAGCUUUAUAUCGUACCGACUACUCAGGCCGCAGUGAAUUAUCAUCUCGUCAAAUGCAUCUCGGUCGUUUUCUUCGUCAUUUACUUCGUAUGGCUGAUGAAUUUGGUGUUGCUGUUGUGAUCACAAAUCAGGUCGUUGCUCAAGUUGAAGGUGGAGGUGGAAUGUUUCAACAAGAUCCAAAGAAACCAAUUGGAGGAAAUAUCAUUGCUCAUGCUUCAACAACACGUCUUUACCUUCGCAAAGCUCGUGGUGAGAAUCGUGUUUGCAAAAUUUAUGACUCGCCAUGUUUACCUGAAUCUGAAGCAACUUUCUCUAUCAAUGCUGAUGAAUCCUUUAGUAAUGAAGUCAAAGUAGAAGAGGAUCCUAAUGGAUACAUCACAUAUUGUCCAUGCAUGGGUCGCUUCGGAAACCAAGCCGAUCACUUUAUAGGAGCUCUUGCUUUUGCUCAUGCUUUGGAAAGAACUCUUAUCCUACCUCCAUGGGUUGAGUAUCGGAAAGGCGAAGCUAAAAGCAUCCAAAUUCCUUUCAAAACUUAUUUCAAAGUUGAUUCUCUUCAAGAAUAUACAAAUGUUGUCACUAUGGAAGAUUUCAUGGAACAGCUAGCAGAUAGUAUUUGGCCCGUUAAUGAAAGAAUUUCAUUUUGUUAUAUGGAGAGAUUGAAAUUAGAUGGAACAUCAAGCGGAAGUUGUAAUGCAAAGGAAGGAAAUCCAUUUUUCUCAUUUUGGGAAACUUUCAAAAUUGAUUUUGCUGGUUCAGAGUUCUUCGGACCUAAACUAAACUAUGAUGUAGUUCAUAGAGGAAUGGAUAAACUUUGGAGAGAAGAGUACAGUGCAGCAAAAUGGAAAGUUAUUGCAUUCACUGGCGCACCAGCAGCAUUUCCAGUUCAACAAGAACAUUUACAUCUCCAGAAAUAUCUUCAAUGGUCUGACGAAAUUGAUAUGAAGGCUAAUGAUUUUAUUCGUAAUAUUUUACCAAGAGGAGCGUUUAUUGGACUUCAUCUUCGAAAUGGAAUUGAUUGGAUUCGAGCUUGUGAACAUGUUAAGGAUGCUAAAAAUUUGUUUGCCUCACCUCAAUGCCUCGGAUACAACAACGAGAAAGGCGAGCUAACGAUGGAAAUGUGUUAUCCAUCUCAAGAAUUCAUUAUACGAAAGAUCAAACGACUUGUAAAGAAAGUUAAAGAAGUUCAGAAGAAAAAUGAAAUUAAAUCAAUUUUUGUGGCUUCGGACAACAAUCAUAUGAUUGAAUAUCUGAAUGAUUAUCUUCGACGAAUGAACAUUAAAGCUUUCAAGCUACCAGAAAAUAAUCCUCAUGUUGAUCUCGCAAUCUUAGGUCGAGCUAAUUAUUUUAUAGGAAAUUGUGUUUCAUCAUUUUCUGCUUUUGUGAAACGUGAACGAGACAUUCGAGGUUUUCCUUCUGAAUUUUGGGGAUAUCCAGUGGAAAAAUCACAUCGCAAAAAUCAACAUGAAGAACUUUAAAAAGUAAUUAGUUAAGCAUAAUUUAUGUACAAAUUUCAACUUAAUAUCUUUACCUCAUAAGGUCCUUGUUGGAAGACUGUAUUUAGUUUCUUAUUAUUAAAUUUAGUAUAAGAUUUCAUAUGAAUUACAAAUCGAAUUAA